AUGCAGCUGCAUCAGAGCAACUCGCCCGCGGGCCAGCCACCGCAUGAGCAACAGGAGCAGUACCCUUCGGUAGAAAGUGAUGCGCAUCAAGGAGAGCUCCGCAUUGCAAGGCCCAACAGCAGCAGCAGCAGCAGCAGUGUCGCCAACAAGGCGCACGCCAGUGCUGAGGUAAAGGUGGACGAUCCGAUUCCCAUCAUUGAGGACGAGGAUGACAUCGAAGAGGCCGGGGCCAGCCACCAGGCCAAUGGUGCCAUCUAUCGGAGCUACGCCGCUGUAUUCCCCAGCAACGUGGAGUGUGUACCGCCACCGCCGUUCUUGUCGACGUCGCCGCCACCGUCACUCUUGUCGACGUCGCCGCCUGCCACGCCGUCGUCAUGUGUGCCGCCGCUUCUUAACGUGCCAAUCCGCUCACUCGAGUCCAGCACGUUGAUGCGUGUUGCCGAGUUUCUCGUGGUGAAGAUCACGCUAGCGAGUCAUCCGCACUACCUGUACGAAGCUAACGUCUUUGGCGACCUGGACCGCACCUCAGAGCGGGACCAGCUUGUGGCGAUGCAGGUGUUACUGGGGGCUGACUUCCUAAACUGCUAG